AAUCGCUCACAAUGACAUCUCCAACCUCUACUCCUUCUGAAUAUGUGACUCUUGUCUCGGGUGAUGGCUUUGAGUUCAUCAUCCCCCGCAGCACCGCUUGUGUAUCGGGAACAAUACGACGCAUGCUGGACCCUGCGAGCAAAUUCUCGGAAGCCAUUACCGGGCGCUGUGUGCUUGAGGAUCUAAGUGGCACAGUUCUGGAGAAAGUAUGCGAGUAUUUCUGCUACAAUGAGAAGAACAAAGACCAGAUAAAUGUACCCGACAUGGAUAUCCCGCCAGAACUCUGUUUGGAGUUGUUGAUGGCUGGUGAUUAUCUGGAUGCUUGAUUUGCGUCGGGAGGAUCACUACACGAGUUAAUCUCGCUAUGGAUAUUUACGGAUGUAAUGACUAUGCUUUCAUGCUCUUUUUCGUGUUUAGGGGCAAGGCGUUUGCGGAUACCAUACCAUACCAGGCGCAUAUGAUGUUCCACCAAGCCGAAUUUCACAGGGUAAAUAAUACAAUUCCCUUUCUGCAUGAUAUGAGUCGUCAUGCUAGCUGGCAAG